UUGUAGUGGCUUAAUUUUUACGCAUUUGUUUAUAAAACAAAAAAAAAAAACGAAAACAAAAAUAUUGUCAAAACUUUUAAACAAAGUAUAUAAUAUGAAAUGUUGCAGUCGUUAUACAUUGGGUAUAGUCAUCGGCUCCGUAUAUAUAUUGGCCAGUUCGAUCGUUUUUAUUUUAAUGUGUGUAUUUCUGGUGCUAGUCCAUACAGAUCAUGAUGUUGGUAAAACGGUUAGACCCAAUGCCUCAAUAACAGUUGGCAUAAUAAUGGCCGGAUGUCUACUAAUUGGUAUUAUAUCUGGAUUACUUGUAUGGGGUAUUAUUAAGAGACGUCAUAAUUGCCUACUUCCCUUUAUGAUAAUAUAUGUUAUUGGUUUUAUCUAUAGCUGUUUGAUAUUUGCCUACGGUUAUCUGGGUGCCUUAAUAGGUAAUGCACCAACUGGUGAAUUUUUAGCCCUGAUCUUUAUAAGCAUUAUUGUAACAGUUCUUCAAAUAGCAAUUUUUUGCUUUUUAAUUUCUCUAUAUAGAAGUAUACGCAGGAAGAAUAUUAACAAUCCCCGUGCAGUUACUGGAACUUUACAGGUUGAAUAUCAGACUCAACCUUAUUAUUAUUCAGUUGUAUCAAAUAAAUAAUUUUUAAUUAAUAUAUUCUUGUAGAAUUUUA